AUGCAAUUCAGCAAAUAACACUCUGCAUUUGGGGUAGAAAAACCAACAAUUAAUACUAAUCUUUCUGGAAAAAAGACUUCAGUAAUGGAUAGAUUAGAUGAGUUAUUGAAUGAAAGUGAAGAAGAUAGCCCUUAAAUCAUAAGCCUAUAAAAAUUCAAUUCUUUUAGAAUCAUUCAACCAAUAAACUCUUCAGGUAUCGAAGAUGAAAACAACGAAAUACUCUUAGAAUCAGAGAAUAAAGCUAGGAAUGAUCAGGAUUACAUUUGUUUUCAAGAAGAAAGCAAAAAAACAGAGAAUGAUGGCGACAUGAGCUCCUCAUUAUCAAAUUAUUUCAUGAGUCCUAAAGUCCUAUUUCCUGGAGGGAAUGACUGCUUCACAAAUAAGCAUAAUUCUAUCACAGAAUUGAAACUAACUAUCUUUAGAAGCGAAGCCGAUAAUAAGAUUUCAACAAUCAAUCAUGAACGACAAAUUUUGAAGAAAAAGUUUGAUAGCAUGCCUGUAUAGAGGUUUGAUUUUGAAGAGGCGGAAUCGAGAAUACUGGCUUUCUUAGAGAAAGAGGGUAUUCAUAGAGAAGAUGUCUAAUCCUCUGGGACACUAUCAUCCCUUAGUAAAAAUUCUAAGAGGUUAAGUUAGCUUAAAUUCAAACCGUUAUCGAAUAAUUCAAUGUUGCAGAGACGAAAAGUCUACUCAUCUUGUCAGGUCGAGUAAGAAUCUUAAUAUAAAUGA